AUGCCCAUACCUCCCCACCUCCCCACCACCCAACUGGCCGUAACUCACCUACCACCCUACUGCCCAUACCUCCCCCACCACCCAACUGCCCAUACCUCCCCCACCACCCUACUGCCCAUACCUCCCCCACCACCCAACUGCCCAUACCUCCCCCACCACCCUACUGCCCACACCUCCCCCACCACCCAACUGCCCAUACCUCCCCCACCACCCAACUGCCCAUACCUCCCCCACCACCCACCUGCCCAUACCUCCCCCACCACCCUACUGCCCAUACCUCCCCCACCACCCAACUGCCCAUACCACCCCACCACAAAACUGCCCAUACCUCCCCCACCACCCAACUGCCCAUACCUCCCCCACCACCCACCACCCAACUGCCCAUACCUCCCCCACCACCCUACUGCCCAUAGCUCCCCCACCACCCAACUGCCCAUACCUGCCCACCACCCCACCACACAACUGCCCAUACCUCCCCCACCACCCAACUGCCCGUACCUCCCCUACCACCCUACUGCCCAUACCUCCCCCACCACCCAACUGCCCAUACCUCCCCCACCACCCUACUGCACAUACCUCCCCCACCACCCAACUGCCCAUACCUCCCCACCACCCCACCACCCAACUGCCCAUACCUCCCCCACCACCCAUCUGCCCAUACCUCCUUCCACCACCCAACUGCCCAUACCACCCCACCACCCAACUGCCCAUACCUCCCCACCACCCAACUGCCCAUACCUCCCCACCACCCAACUGCCCAUACCUUCCCCACCACCCAACUGCCCAUACCUCCCCCACCACCCAACUGCCCAUACCUCCCCACCACCCCACCACCCAACUGCCCAUACCUCCCCCACCACUCAACUGCCUGUACCUCCCCCACCACCCAACUGCCCAUACCUCCCCCACCACCCAACUGCCCAUACCUCCCCACCACCCCACCACCCAACUGCCCAUACCUCCCCACCACCCAACUGCCCAUACCUCCCCACCACCCAACUGCCCAUACCUCUCCACCACCCAACUGCCCAUACCUCCCUACCUCCCCACCACCCAACUGCCCGUACCUCCCCACCACCCAACUGCCCAUACCUCCCCACCACCCAACUGCCCAUACCUCCCCCACCACCCAACUGCCCAUACCUCCCCACCACCCAACUGCCCAUUCCCCACCACCCAACUGCCCAUACCUCCCCACCACCCAACUGCCCAUACCUCCCCCACCACCCAACUGCCCAUACCUACCCACCACCCAACUGCCCAUACCUCCCCACCUCCCCACCACCCAACUGCCCGUACCUCCCCACCACCCAACUGCCCAUGCCUCCCCACCUCCCAACUGCCCAUACCUCCCCACCUCCCCACCACCCAACUGGUCGUACCUCCCCACCACCCAACUGCCCGUACCUCCCAACCACCCAACUGCCCAUACCUUUCCCACCACCCACCUGCCCAUACCCCACCACCCAACUCCCCACCACCCAACUGCCCAUACCUCCCCACUCAUCCAACUGCCCAUACCUCCCCACCACCCAACUGCCCAUACCCCCCUCCACCCACACCCCCCCUCCACCCAACUGCCCAUACCCCCCUACCACCCAUCUGCCCAUACCCCCCCCACCCAACUGCCCAUACCCCACCCCCCCACCCACCUGCCCAUACCCCCACCACCCAACUGUCCACACCCCCAACCCCUCACCCAACUGCCCAUACCCCCCCACCCAACUGCCCAUACCCCCUCACAACAACUGCCCAUACCCUCCCACCCCCCCCACCCAACUGCCCAUACCCCCCACCACCCAACUGCCCAUUCCCCACCACCCAACUGCCCAUACCCCCCACCACCCAACUGCCCAUACCCCCCCACCCAACUGCCCAUACCCCUUUGUCAGAAAUGAAUGCAUAGACACAUCAUUGUGUUGCACGUUUCUGUUCUAG